GCGCCCCCGCCUGCCUCUAUAAAAUCGACAUACAUCAAAAUACUUCUACAUUUACCUAUUGCUCACGCGCCGCGCUUGUCGCGUUACGUUUGUAUCAAACGUAACAUAAUCACACCCUAAUAAUAGUUCUAAUUUUAGUUCUUUAACGAUAAUAAUAUAAUAAUUUAAAAUGGCCUAUCUACAGUCCAUGCCCAAAUCUGAAACCAUCAGGCUUCGCGAAAAACAUGUUGGUGCUGCCUGCCAACUUUUCUUUCGUUCGUCCCCCUUGAAAAUUGUACGGGGUGUCGCCCAGUACAUGUAUGAUGAGACGGGCGAAAGAUAUCUCGAUUGCAUCAACAAUGUUGCACACGUUGGCCAUUGCCACCCUCACGUUGUGGAAGCCGGCAGAAACCAAAUGUCCUUAAUAUCGACAAAUAAUCGGUAUCUCCACGAUGAACUCGUCAUCCUUGCCGAAAGGCUCGUCAAAACCUUGCCAGACCCACUGUCGGUUUGUUUCUUCGUGAAUUCAGGCUCGGAAGCGAACGAUCUUGCCUUGAGGCUCGCCAAGAUUCACACCAAGAACAAAGAUGUUAUUACCUUAGACCACGCGUAUCAUGGUCACCUUACGUCUAUGAUUGAUGUGUCUCCCUACAAAUUAAACCUACCCGGAGGGCCAGAGAAGCCAGAGUGGGUUCAUGUGGCACCUGUUCCCGAUAUAUACAGAGGCAAAUACGUAUAUCCCAACGACUCAGAAAAUGAAGAAGAGUUAGGGAAACUUUACGCUGACGAGGUCGGCAAGAUCUGCAAGGAAAGUAAACGCAAAAAUGGCGGCGUUUGCGCGUUUAUCGCGGAAAGUCUUCAAAGCUGUGGAGGUCAAAUUAUUCCUCCUGAUGGCUACCUCAAACGAGUAUUCCAACACGUUCGCGAAGCUGACGGUGUGUGCAUAGCGGAUGAAGUCCAAGUCGGAUUCGGCCGUGUCGGCACUCACAUGUGGGCAUUUGAGACGCAAGACGUAGUGCCCGACAUCGUCACUAUGGGCAAACCGAUGGGCAAUGGUCACCCUGUUGCCGCUGUUAUCACUACGCCCGAAAUCGCAAAAAGUUUCGCAGAUACUGGAGUGGAAUAUUUCAACACGUAUGGUGGAAACCCUGUCUCCUGCGCCAUCGCAAACGCAGUCCUGGAUGUGAUCGAAGAAGAACGUCUUAUGGAGCGUGCCAACCGCGUCGGCAACCACUUACUGAACCGGUGUCAACAACUGAAGCACAAGCACAGCUUAAUUGGUGACGUUCGUGGUAGAGGCCUGUUCGUGGGAGUGGAGCUAGUAACGGAUAGAGAAACCCGGACUCCAGCGACGGCUGAAGCUAAGCAUGUUGUUAAUAGGAUGAGGGAGGAGAAGAUUCUCAUAAGUCGGGACGGUCCCGACAGCAACGUGUUGAAAUUCAAACCGCCUAUGGUGUUCUCAACUCAAGACGCUGAUCGCCUUGUUGAUACAUUAGACAGAGUUCUUGAAGAGCUCGAUGGAUCAAGAACAUCAGUUACCAACAUCAAGUUACAGGUCCUAGUAACGCCGAUUGAUGAAACGAAAAACGAGGCAGCGUUAAGUACCACCGUUAAGCAGAGCAUCAAAAGUUCGUGACCAGAAUAUUAAUGUAAAAUAGUAUUAAUCGAAUAUUAAGCUUGUAAAUAUAGAAAUAUGUACUUAGGAUAAUUAAAAUAUAAGUACCUACUUUUAAAAAGAAUCAAUGCAAUAAUAUUUUUAAGAAUAAUAUAUGUAGAUUUUUACUUUCAAA